UUCUUUUCAAAUGGGCUGGCGGGAAUAAAAAACGACAAAAAGGUAUUUUUCGGAUGCACGUUUAAUUUUCAUCGGCUUGGGAGGAAUUCGGGCCGUUUUUAUGUUUAAAUUUUUACGUUUAAAUUUUUAUGUUUUAAUCUUAUUUGUAAGGGAAGAGGUGACUGAACUCGGGGUUCGUUUUGUGAAUAGAAACAUUGAAUGGGCCGUCUCCGUGCAGCCAUCUAGGGGGGUGGUGUUUCAUAAAUUUGGAUUUGAUCAUGACUUGACACAUAAAAAAUAAUAUUGGCAUGUUGUCGUGAAGGAAGCCCGCCAUGGAAUGAAUAGUAAUUACUGUGCAACGGCAAUGGCGACAGCGCAGGUAGAUAGGGAGAGGAGAGCGAUUGAAAAGGUAUGGGCCUUUGCCUCGAGGAAAGUGAAGUUAGCAGUGGAAGCUUGAGAGAGAGAGAAUUUGACCCAAGCUCAAAAAUGCAGGCUUUGGCAUGAAGAGAGCAUUUCUCGAGAGGGAGAGGAAAAGGUGACCCUUUGAAGAGAUCUGAUUUGAAGAGAUUCUCUUCUAUGUAGACUUUGGGAAGAAGAGGAGAUGGUGGCGAAAAAGAGAAGUCCGUCACUGAGAUUGUGUAGUUUAAUUACCUGCAAGUGAACGAAGCCACCACUAAAAUUCAUUCCUUCCUUUCGAGUGCUCGCUUGCUUUCUUCUUGCAUCUAUCCCCUUACUAACGUUAGAGAAGGAAGAAAAAAGGGGUAAAAGAGCAGAGACUGAAACAAAGAGCGGCAAAACCGGCAUAAAAAUCUAUUAUUUCAUUUUUUAAUCCCCUUCCUCUUCGCCGGUGUAGACGCCAUGGACGCUUAUGAAGCUACUAGGAUCGUCUUCUCACGAAUUCAAAACCUCGACCCAGAGAACGCGGCCAAGAUCAUGGGUCUGCUACUCAUUCAAGAGCACGGCGAGAAAGAAAUGAUCCGCCUUGCGUUUGGCCCUGAAGCUUUACUUCAUUCCCUCGUUCUCAAGGUCCGCAGAGACCUCGGACUCCUUCCUUCUUCCUCCCCCGCCACGCCUUCUGGUGGUGGCACCGCAGCCGGCGUCUUCUCCCGGCAAAACUCUGCUCGUUUCUUCUCUAUUUCUCCACCGGAAGAGCUUGUCGAUGAACUGCAGUUGCAAGACCAGUUUUCCUUCCUCAGCGAAGGGGGUAACAACCCACAGGUGACAGCUAAAUGUGGUGGGCUUUUUUUACCCGACAUGGUUGGAGAUUGCCCGAGCCCGGGUGCCGGAGGGGAAGGCGUGCUCCUUUCGAAUUCGGUGGGAUGGGGAUUGAACGGUACGAGUUUUCGGCGGAGCUGUGGCGCCAUUGGUGACUUCAGCUCAAGCUCUGACCUUUCAAAUGGAUUUGGGUGGAGACCCUGCCUUUAUUUUGCAAGAGGCUUUUGCAAGAACGGGAACGCCUGCCGAUUUCUUCAUGAUGACGCUGCAGCAGAGCAGGAGUUACUUCUGAGGUCCAGGAGCUCGAAGCUCAUGGCUUCCGCCACCCCGUUCCCUUGUUCUCCGACUGCAUGCUUUCCGGCAUCACCAUCUUCGGCUUCUGUAAAAUACUUAAACGUUGUUUUUCAGCAUCAGAAUGAUGGACAAAGAGCUCCAGCGACGUCUCUGAUGCUUACAGGUGGUGAUGAGGUACAUAAGUUCAUGUGCCGUGCAAGGCCGGACUUCACCGGAAUAUCAAACCCGGGCUCAAGGCAGAUCUAUCUUACCUUCCCAGCGGACAGCACUUUCCGCGAAGAGGAUGUUUCGAAUUACUUCAGCAUCUAUGGUCCGGUGCAGGAUGUGAGGAUUCCAUUUCAGCAGAAGAGAAUGUUUGGAUUCGUGACUUUUGUCUACCCAGAGACUGUGAAGCUGAUUCUAGCUAAAGGCAACCCCCAUUUCGUCUGCGACGCCCGAGUUCUCGUUAAGCCUUACAAAGAGAAGGGCAAAGUUCCCGACAAGUACAUGAAGCAGCAACAAGCAGAUCGACUCGAUUUAUCCUGCUGCUGGACUUCGACCGGCCUUGAUUCCCCAUUAGACAUUGGUGGAAGAAAGUUCUACAACAUUGGCAGUGGCAAUGUUGCAGCGCAGGAUGCUUCGUUGCUGAGACGACGGCUAGAAGAGGAGCAGCAGGCUGAACUUCUUCAGCAGGCGAUCGAGCUACAAGGCAAAAGGUUUCAGCUACUGGACUUGAAGCCUCGCAGCUUCUCGGCUGCAGUUUCUGCUACUACCUCCGAUGCACAAAGUACUUCGAGCACAACCGCAUUAGCAGAGAGGGCUUUCUCUUCUUCCAUCAGAAUUAGCCGCCCGAUAGCAACUCAAGAAAAUGACAUGAGCAGCAGCACUGGAUGUAGCUCAGCGAUGCAGCAGCAGCAGCAGCAGCCAUUGAAUAAUAAUGCUGGCAAUAAAGUUGAAUCUGCAGAAGAGCCAAGCCCAAAAGAUAAUAUGAAUUUCCCAGUUUGUAUUGAGCACAACUUACCAGAUAGUCCCUUUGCCUCCCCUACCAAGGCUUCAUCUUUCUCCACAGAUCUAUCUUUCUCUGCAACAUCAGGUGUAGGUGGAGGUGGAGGAGGCGGAAAUCCUACUGGAACAUCGCUUCUGCUGCCAUCCCCUCCCCUCAGCCCCUACUGCUUUCAAAUACCAGCAAGAUUCACUUCAGAUCAUGGUGCUAUUGGAAUGUGAAGAAAACGGCAAACAAUAACGUCUGAAGAAGGGGGAAGUAAAUUGGAUCUGAAAUGAAAUGAAAUGCGGGAUGAAAAGAUGGGGGAUGAAAUUUUCUUAUUGGUUUUUUUUCUUUUUAAGUAUUUUUUUUUCACGCAUGAAAGAAAAAUAUUAGUAUAUGGCUAUAACUAUCGUUUUAUGAACCAAGCUACUAUCUGCCACAAGAUACGACAUAAUAGCUGUAAAGGGAGUACAGACAUGAGAAGACACCAACUUCUAAGUGGCCCACGACAUCACAGUCGUCCAUCUCAUCAUAAACUCAUCAACACCGUUGUUUUCAAUCCUUUUACCCGCAUCUCUGUACCAUUUGUUUCGAUGUAUAAUAUUCUAUUCUAGGACGUGAAACAAAGGAAAUGAUAAAAGAAAUAAUUGCAUAGUUGUGUUGCC